AUGGCUCUUACUGCAGAUUUUCUUGCCAGCGACAUUGUUUUCCCUUCCGAUUCUAACGAACCCAAGUUAUCAGUCAAUCAUGCUUCCAAGCUUCCGGAUCCUGUUGAUUGGGCAUUUCAUGAUUACUAUUCUACUGCUCUUGAAAAAUCGUAUACCCCAAUGCAUUCUUUGACGGAUACCCACAACGUGUCCGCUUACCCAUCAUCGCCUUUACCUACCACUACCAAGAGCCCUCAAGGCAUGAACAAUAACGAUGCACAACAUUUACGCGCCGUGUUGCGUGGUGCACUUGAACUUGUCGCCAAUGAUAUGGAACGAAACCACCAUGGUGCAGGUGUAUGCAUCAAAACAUCCAACACCAAUGCAUUCAAGAAUGACGAUAUCUCAAGUUGGAAAUGGGAAGACGAGCUCAUGUACGAUCAUUGGACAUUACCCAUUGAGCAAGAUGACCACUUUGAUCUUGACUCAGGCUAUGGUCAAGAAACUGAAUCGGUUUUAUUCUCGGAUGUUCAAGACGACUGCUAUGAACACCAUGAACCACAAGACAUCAAAAAUGACGACAGCACAAGUGCUUCAACCGUAGCAGCAGCUAGCAGCAGUUAUAGCAGCACAUCCACCAAGUGGUCAGGUGUCGUCGAUAAAAUCAAGACAUUGGUUAAACCAUCAUCAGCAUCAUCCUCUUGUUCUUCUAUGCAAAAAGAAAAGCGUAGCCGCCUUCCAUGGAAACGCCUCUUUGUUCGCAACAAGUGCUAA